AUGGAUUCACAGGGCCAGACAACAUCUUUGCAGAGACUUCAGAAUGUAGAAAAUAGAAUUGUGAAAGUUUUGGAGCUUGCUGGAGGGGUCAUGGAUGAGCUUGCAAGUCCUGUUGGUCCUAGGAAGGAUGUGGUCCAAAACCACUGCCUUGAGUUCAUGCAACUAAUCAAGGACAUUCAGGUGGCAUUGCGUGAUGAAAUCAAAAGCGCCUGUGAAUAUCGUCCAUUUGAGAAAUGUGACUAUGGUUCAAGAAUAGCAAAUGAAAUUUGUCACAAGAAAGUGGAAUUUAUUAUUUCACAGUUAGAUGCAAUGAAACUAACUAUAGAUGAGUAUCAUGCAGCAGUUUGA